GUUUGAGAGAGAAACACUGAGAACAUGGCAGAAGUCGCCCCAGCACCAGCCGCCGCUCCGGCCAAAGCCGCCAAGAAGAAGAGCGCCAAACCCGCCAAGACCGGUCCCAGCGUCGGCGAGCUCAUCGUCAAGGCUGUGUCCGCCUCCAAGGAGCGCAGCGGUGUGUCACUAGCUGCCAUCAAGAAAGCUCUGGCCGCCGGAGGAUACGAUGUGGAGAAGAACAAGGCUCGUGUCAAGACCGCAGUGAAGAAGCUGGUUACUGCCGGAACCCUGGUCCAGACCAAAGGUACCGGAGCUUCCGGCUCCUUCAAGAUGAGCAAGAAAGAAGCUCCCAAAGCCAAGAAAGCCGCUCCCAAAGCCAAGAAGGCUACCGCCAAGAAACCCGCAGCAGCCAAGAAGCCCAAGAGCCCAGCGAAGAAGCCCGCGUCCGCUAAGAAGUCUCCGAAGAAGGCGGCCAAGAAGCCCGCAGCUAAGAAGGCGGCGACAAAGAGUCCCAAGAAAGCUGCCGUCAAGAGCCCCAAGAAAGCUGCCGCCAAGAAGCCCGCCAAGAGCCCCAAGAAGGCGGCUAAGAAGCCCGCAGCCAAGAAAACUCCAGUCAAGAAGGCAGCCAAGCCCAAAGCCAAGAAGGCAGCACCCAAGAAGAAGUAGACGUUCAAAUCUCGUCUCCCUCAAAAGGCUCUUUUCAGAGCCACCCACGUCUCCUGAAGAGUUUCCAAUUACUUGAAUCACUCGAUUCACAAGUCAUUCUGGUCUCAGAUGUGUGAGAUACUUGAAUCCCUGUCAUCCAAGAUUCUUACACGAUUUAAGU